AUGGCCGACUUUCCUUCAACCAAGCAGCAGAGUCGUCAGUUCCAAACCUUCGAGUUCUUGAUCACCAGUCCUAACCACUUUGAAGAGUUUGAAUUCCAAGAACACCAUGAGCAACCACUUGAGAUUUCUCGAUCUUCAACACCCUCCCUGUUGGCGUUCAUUGCGCUGAGUCUCUCCAUCUUUCUAGUAGCCCUCGACACUGUCUUACUACCAACUGCGCUUCCUACAAUCUCUAGGUCCUUCCAUAUACCAGACGUGCUCUACGCCUGGACUGGUUCCGCAUACCUUCUCGCCAACGCGGCGUCUGUGCCCUUCUGGGGUAAGCUUUCGGACGUGUUUGGACGAAAGCCUGUGAUCCUGGUUGCGAAUACGAUCUUCUUGGUUGGCAGCGUCAUAUGCGCUGUUAGCCGUAGCGCAACAAUGCUGGUUGCAGGACGAGCGGUGCAAGGCCUAGGUGGAGGUGGCGUUGUGGUAUUGGUGCAUGUUUGUGUCAGCGAUUUGUUUUGCAUUCGUGAUCGAUCUUUCUACAUGGGCAUACUAGGCGCCGUAUGGGCUGUGGCAUCUGCUUUAGGUCCAGUACUGGGUGGAAUUUUCGCCGAGAAGCUGAAUUGGCGAUGGUGCUUCUACAUCAACCUUCUUAUCGUUUCCGUCUCAACAGUGAUUCUGUAUGCUACUCUCCAUCUGCACAACCCUCGGACUCAAAUUUUGACUGGACUCGCAUCCAUGGACUGGCUGGGUACGCUGGCCAUACUCGCCGCAACCAUCUUCCUUCUUGUCGGUCUACAGUGUGGUGGAACCACUUCUUACAAGACUCCGUUGGUCAUAUCGCUUCUUGUUCUCGGCUCUCUCGCAUACAUCGUCUUCCCUUUCACCCAAUGGUGGGAAGGCAAACGACGCGGUAGCCCGAUCAUGCCAUUGCGUAUAUUCAAGGACGUGAGCAAUUUGAGCGCACUAGGAGUCUGUGCUUGCGACGCUCUGGUAUUCAACUCGGUCGCCUACUUUCUACCUCUUUACUUCCAGAUCGUGCUCGACAAGAGCCCUUCAACAUCCGGUAUAUACAUGCUCGCCAUGGCCAUCCCUCUAGCUCUCGUGUCUUUCUCGUCUGGCUACAUCAUUGAGCGAACUGGUCGUUUCCUCGAAGUUUUACAAGCAGGUUUACUCCUUAUGACCCUCGGUGUUGGCCUCCUUAUAUCGUUGGACUCAUCGUUUGACCUCGCCAAGAUCAUAGGCUUCCUCGUCCUCCUAGGUCUUGGUUUCGGUCCGAACUUUAGCACCCCCCUCAUUGCGCUGCAAACCCGCGUCUCAGAGGCCGAUAUCGCAACCGGUACAGCGGCAUUUGGGUUUGUGCGAAUGAUGUCUGGUGCUAUCGGUGUUGUGGUUGGACAAGUUGUCUUCCAGCUUCUCAUGAUUUCGUAUCAGGGUGACCUUGUUAACGAUGGUGUGGCACACGAGCUUGCGGUUCAAUUGGCGGGGGGUGAAGCAAUCGCGCAAGCCCAAGUCGUUGCAGGACUUCCUCCCCAUCAAAGGGUGGCUGUGAGAGAGGGAUUUGUUGGUGCAUUGAGAGGAACCUGGAUUGUAUACACUGUAGUAGGUGCAGUGGGAUUGCUUAUUUCUUUCGGAAUCAAGAGGACCAAAUUACAGCGGGCUUCUUAG